AUGGCAUUCCGUAGCCUAUCUCAGAAAAUACUCGUUACAUCUUUGGCAGCCGCAGUCACUGCAGGCGGUGUCUACAGCUUCACAGUCUCAAAACGCGUUUCCUUGGUCGACAAGAAUCUCAUCACUCGUUCUCAGGAUAUACCAGAAUCCUUUAUUGCGUCCAAGUCUGCGGGUGAAAUGCUCAACGCUAAAAAGCAUGUCUAUCACUCUGACUGGCGCUUCAUCACCCUCGAUAUACCCGCUGGAUAUGAAACCGUCUCUGAUCAAGUUUUGCUGGCCAAAUUUGUGAAGGGCUUUUUUGCAGGGGCUGUGUUCAGGCCUGAGAGGGUAGCCCUGCAGACAGUCGGAAUAGAUCUUGUUCAUUUUUCAAAAGAAGCACCACUUCCGAGGAGGAGUCUCUGGUCUCUGCAAGAUAUACCAGAAACGACUUUAAUCCCAAUCAACUCUGUGCUGUUCGGUGCUUUCCAAGUGCUUGACUCACGAAUUGCGGACUUGGAGAUCACCAAAAACUCGACAAAACAGACUGAGAGCUAUGUCGAUUUCGGAUUUGGCAACGACAGCACUUCAUUCGCUGGUGUUCACAGGUUCACUGUUGUGAGACCACAAGCAGACGGUAACAUCAAAGGGAAAAAGGUUCAGAUUCAUUUCCAACACAUGACGUGUAAUCCGACCAUCAACAAGCAUCUGGGUCCCCAAUGGCUGAUGGGAUUCCAUGAGAUUUAUGCGGAUUACUUAUUCAGAGACGGCGUUGCAGAGAUAAAAAGGUGGAUGGGCCAGUAG